CAGCGAGACAACUUUGACGCUUUGUGAAGACGACACGCGAUAGCCUCAUUCCACGCCUCCCGGUUCCACUAACAUUAUAGGCAAGAUGUCGACCGGCAAAGUCAAGACCGCACAGCUGUGGAACAAGUCGAAGGAGGAGUUGCAGACUCAGCUGGAAGAGCUGAAGACGGAAUUGAUCAACCUGAGGACUAGCAAGGUUGCCGGCGGCGCCUCCACCAAGCUCACCCGCAUCCACGAUGUGCGCAAGGGCAUUGCUCGCGUUCUCACCGUCAUAAACGCCAACCAGAGGGCGCAACUUCGCCUUUUCUAUAAGGGCAAGAAGUACACCCCUCUCGAUCUCCGCCCCAAGCAGACCCGCGCCAUCCGCCGAAGACUCACCAAGCACGAGGCUUCGCUCAUCACCGAGAAGGCGAAGAAGAAGCAGAUCCACUUCCCUCAGCGCAAGUACGCUGUCAAGGCAUAGACGGUGUGCCGGGGGUCUCUUUUCUCUUCCUUUAUCUGACGAAGCAUUGCAUUGCCGGGGCUUACCAGCUAGCGCUCACCAAUGUACCCUUACGUGCCAUCCCAAAAAUUUCUCCUCCGCGCUGGAAUGGACUGGAUGGAUUCGGAUGGCGAUGAUGUGGUGAUUGGGGAAUGGGCGAUAUUCUCGGGAAAUGGGUUGGCGUCCGUAUCAAGAAUACCAUGAAUCAAAAGCUUACCACUGGCAAUCGAGAUUCGGCAUGUGUUGUGGAAGCGCCCUUCAGUGACUGAGCACCCAAACGCAGGUUCCAGAGAAAGCAAAAGUGAACACAACCAACCUGGACGCUGGAUUGACGUUAUGUCUUCGCAACAAGGUCUAUGGGCGGAGACGAGAAUGGCCUUCGCGUAGGACGGCUCGUCACGUACUGAUAUUGGUUUUCC